AUGGCAUCAGGUGGAAUAAGUGAAAGGGAAAUACGGUUGAGAAAAAGAGAUUUAGAGAAAGAAAUACGAGAGUUAAAUUUUCAAAGAGAGCAGCUUUUAAGAGACCGCGGGACUCAAAGAGUUACAAAUCGUGCUUUCAAUGAUCAAGAUAGACUAGUUGCUUUGGGAAGGUCUAAUGAAAUAGAUGAAAUUGAGACACAUGAUAGAAUAGAACCGGCAGGAAAUAGUGUUAAUAUGGUGGAUAAUACAAAGAAUGAAGAUAAUUUCAGCAACAUUUGUAGAUUGAGAAAUAGUGACAUUGGAGCUUCAUACAGAAAUGAAUAUCCUGAAAUUAGAAGAGACGACAAUGCUGAUACUUUUGAUGAAAGGAGCAAAUAUAGUACACCAUGUUCUUUGAAUAGAUUCAUGACAUCUGCAGUACCUGAAAUGGAAAGAAAAGAUACAUUUAGUUCAAAUACAUUAGAGAAAACUGAUGUGACAGAAAGUAGUGAAAAUAUUAAAAGAAAUGAAGAAGAAUUUGAAUCAUCCAUUGAUGCUACGUUCAAUGAAUUUAAAAGGAGAGUCCAAGAAUUGAACUAUUCCGAGCUCAUUGUAGAUGAUGUUAUAGAAGAUGAUUGUUCAGGAAAGGAUAGAGAAUUAGAAAAGAAAUCUUUGAUAAAACAGGAAGAGAUUAUUAUUGAAAGAGAACGCAAGGUUGCAGAUAAAGAAAAAGACAUGAAACAAAGAGAAGAUGCAUUGAUUGAAAUGGAAAGGAUGUUAUUUGAAAAGAUGAAUCAACUUGAAAGAGAACAUAUUAAGAAGGAACAGAAAUUGAGUGAAAGGGAAAAGGAAAUUACAUGUUUCAUGAGAAAUGCACAAAAGAAAAUGGAUGAAAGAAUAGAUAAGUUAGAGUUAGGAUAUAGAAGAAAGGAGAAAGAAUUAGCAGAAAGACAGCUAGAGAUAGAUAACUUGAAAAGUGAAUUGAGAGAACAAUACUUUCAUAAUUCAGACAGAAACACUGAAAGAUAUACAUCAAUGAGGUUAAACAUCGAUGCACAGACCGAGGAAGACAUGUAUAAUAGAGUGGAUAGAGAAGGUAGUAAAGAUAGAGCAUCAGGUUUGGACAUCAAAUUAAAUAUAACGCCAUUUUCGGGGAUUGAACCAGUUCCUAGGAAUGAAGCAACAUUUGAAGAAUGGAAGCUUGAGAUUGAUUGCGUGAAAACAAUAUAUUCCGAAAUGGUUGUUCUUCAAGCGAUACGAAAAGCUUUGAGAGGACAAGCUAAAAGGAUAAUGCUUCAUCUUGGACCCUAUGCAUCUGUAGAAGAGAUUGAGAAGAAGUUAGAAGAUUCUUUUGGAAAUAUAGCAAGUAAAGACAGUAUCCUUUCACACUUCUUUCUUGCUGAACAAGAAGAUAAAGAGUCAAUCGUAGAAUGGGGACUAAGAUUGGAAGAAAUGCUCUUACAAGCAUCAAGAAAAACCAAAAUCGCUGAAAAUGAGAAGGAAGAGAUGUUAAAGAGAAAGUUUUGGAGAGGAUUGAGAAGUGAAGAGUUAAGAAAUGCAACUAGAGUUCAUUUUGAAAGCAACAAUACAUACGAACAAUUAAGAAAGCAAGUACGGUCAGAAGAGUUUGAGAUAAGAGUGCAGAAGGAGAGAAGUGAUAAAAGAGAAAAGGUACCAGGAAAAGCCAAACAAGCUGCUAUUAAUUUACAAGAUGAAGAAGGAAAGAAUAUGAUAAAGCUUUUGAUAGAGAAGAUGGAACAGUUGGAUAAGAAAGUUGAAGAGAUAAAGAAGGAAAACAUGCAAGAAAGGACCAACAUAGGUUCAUCACAGAGAGGAAAUACAUAUAGACAGUAUAGAGGCAGAGGAUAUAAUACUGGAAGAUUUAGUAGAGGAAGAGGGAUAGAACAGUAUAGAAAAGCAGAAGAAGAAACCAAGAAAGAUAUUACAGACCCGGACAAGACUUUAAACCAGAAAAGUUCUUCAUAA